AUGGAAGAAGAGCUAUAUUGUGCAAUUAUGGACUUUAGAGGAAACAAUCAUUUGAUUCCAAUGAAUAUCAAGGGGACUUUCAGUAAUUUAGUGGCCGAGGUGCAAAGUAGAAUUGCUUUUUUUUCAAGCCCAGUGAAGCUGACUUAUGAAGUCCCAUAUACAGAAGAAUUGUUUGUACGUGUCCAUGAUGACGUCGAUUUGUCAACAAUGUUCGAUGUACAUCUAAGUUGCAAGAAGAAGAUAGUUAAGAUGCAUGUUGACAUAGAUCGAGAUACAUUAUUUGGUCUAGAGGAAAACACCAUUCACAUAAGGAAUCCUACCAUAUCUCUUUCGGAACAACAUGCAUCCUCGACGCAUAAUCUAUCCAAUUCAGAAAAUGCAUUACGUGAAGUUGAGAGAUCUAGUAUUCAGAUUCCUAUUUCAUGGUAUCAUGCCAUUAGAAGUGUCGGACAAGAAUUUAAUGAUGUUGAACAUCUAAGGCAAAGUCUUGGAAAUUACUCAAUUGCUCUCGGUUUUAACUUUGCUUAUUUGAAAAAUGAACCUAGAAGAUUGAUAGUAAAAUGCAAAGGUGCUGACUGUGAAUGGAUGGUCCAUUGUAACCGUCGUACAGACUGCAAACGGUUUUACGUGAAGAAAAUUGGUCGUGCACAUAGUUGUCUCGGAGGAGGCAUAGGAGAGAAGGGACAUCCACGGGCAUCUCGUAAGUGGGUUGCAAAUAUUGUGAAAUCCAUACUAAAAGAACAACCCACCUACCGCGCAAUUGAUCUUAAAAAGAAGCUUCUGAGAGAGUUUGGCGUUGAUAUCCCCUAUGGAAGAGCUUGGUGUGGGAAAGAGCUUGCUCAACAGGAGUUAUAUGGGUAUGCAAAACAUUCAUAUGAACAACUUAGAUGGUACAAGGAUAAAGUUAUGGAAACUAACCCAGGAUCAAUCGUCCAUCUAGAACAUGAAGAUGGCAGAUUUACUAGAUUUUUUAUCUCAUAUUAUGCUUGUUGGAAGGGUUUUGUCGAGGGAUGUAGACCAAUUUUAUUCUUGGAUGGCACCCAUCUUUUUGAUAGGUACAAGGGAACUCUACUUGCUGCUACUGCUUUGAAUGGAGAUGGAGGAAUGUUUCCUGUCGCUCUUUGUAUUUGUGGAACCGAGAAUGAGAGCAAUUGGGAGUGGUUCCUUGAAUGCAUUCGUGACGUAUUGUACAAUUCAGAUGAUUCAUAUACUCCGAAUGAUGAGCUAGUUAUAAUCUCUGAUCGAGACAAAGGACUUCAAAAUUCCAUCAAGAAUUGCUUCCCUUGUUCAUAUCACAGUUAUUGCAUCCGCCAUUUAAUGGCCAAUUAUAAGAACAACUUGUCAAAGAAAAGAUUACCAGCACCACUUAGGGAUGAUUGUGUUCAAAUUAUGAAGAGAGCUGCCUAUGCCUACACAAUGCAUGCUUAUCAUAAUGAAUGCAACGAGCUCCAGAAUAAGUCAUCUAUUGCUUUCAUUGAAAUGCUGAAUAUGAGCCCACAGAACUGGGCUAAUUGUUAUUUUCCUGGAAAGAGGUAUGGGUGGUUAACCUCAAAUCUAGCUGAGUCCUUCAACGCAUGGAUUAAGGAAGCCCGAUUUUUACCGAUAGCGCAGUUGGUUGAUCACAUCCGGGUGAAGAUGAUGAAAAUGAGCUACGAUAGACGUGAGGAAUCCAACAAAUGGACUACACCACUUGUUCCUAGUGUAGAGGAGCAUCUUGUCCUGAUCAACGAGGGUGCACGUUGUCUUCAUGUUAAUCCUUCUACGUCGAUUCUGUAUGAAGUAUAUGAUUCCCCAUCUGUUAGAGUGAAUUUGGAGUACCGCACGUGUACUUGUCGCCAAUGGCAAGUUCUUGGACUACCUUGCAAGCAUACGGCCGCCGUAAUCAGGCACAAAGAUUAG